AUGGCUAACGGCAUUUGCGAAUGUAGUUAUGCGUCGACGGAGAACCUGAUUUUGGCAAAGCCUCGGCGAGUCUUUGGCGCUCAUGUCCGCUGGCAACAUUGGCAACUGCGAUCUCUCAUCGGUAUUGAUGAUCAGAACUCCGUUUACUUCCCCGUCCCGAACACCCCCGACAACGGAAGUUGCGCUAUCCAGAAACUAAACACGAAAACUCGAGAAACAGAGACGGUGAAACGGUUGUCUUUCGAUCCAAGAUGCAUAGUAGCACGAAACGGCUGGGUGUGCUGCGGGGGCGAGCGGGGCAUGUUUUGUGCGUUUUGGGUGGGCGAACAAAUUCGGAACGACGGGACGGGCCCAGGGUUAGCUCUCCAAGCCGACGACCGUCUUCCGCUCUCUUUUGAAAUUCCCGAUUCUGCCGCCUCCUCGACCCCAGAAACGCGUCUUGAAAAAAGCCUAGAGGUAGCGACUACUAGCUUUGGGAAGGACCGAGUGAAUUGUAUCACCCUAUGGUCUCCACCAACGCUCUUUGAGAGGGUGGAUGGCGCGUAUGGCCAGGAUGUUGCGAUUUUAGCACACAACGACAAAACCAUCAUCGUGGUUAGGUUGCGGGAUCAGGAGCAGUUGGACAAAAUCACCUACCCGGAUUACAUGAACCGCGGCGUCAUCUCUCCGGAUGGCAGGCUCCUCGCUGGGAUUAGCGACGACGCCUAUCUGUACGUACACGAACGAAAAAGGGCAGGUUUCCAAAGCGCUUCAUCUCGUUACACGGCAGAUUCUGCGGUAGGGAGUUUUGCGGCGUGUUUCUCGAGCACGGGUAAAUAUCUUGCAGUUGGGACCCAAUACGGGGUCGUGUCCAUCUUUGAUGUUGCCACUCUCGCCGGCCACGGAGUCCACGGGUUGGAUCCGCUGAUCACGUCGUUUGGCACCACACGGCCCUGUGCGCAGUAUGGCGCUGUGAGGGACAUGGCGUUUUCCCCUGGCUCUGUGGAUCUCCUCGCGUGGACGGAGGACCGUGGCCGUGUGGCCGUUGCGGAUAUCCGUGGAAAUUUCGCAACUCAACAAAUCCUACACCUUGAUAAUGACGCAGAUUUCGAGGUCUUGCCGAUAAUCGACAAGGGCACUAUUGAUCCCCGUCUGUUGGAGCAACGAGUUGAACGGAGUAGCUCCUUGUUAUCGACUUUUGCCAAUGCGGUGGACUCUUCCGUGGAAGCCCAGACGGCGUUAUCACACUACAACAUCCCGCUCACUCCAGACGAGACGGCGGUGCUAGAGGCUGUUCAAAACUUCCGCCGGCGGCAGGCACAUUACAGCACAGGGCUAAACCGAAGUGGCACGGAGAGCAGCGGCCGAGGCAUCAGGAACGGUAGCUUUGCUGCCAGCAAUACGAGUACUAACAAUCGAAAUGGGGGUAAUUCCGACGGUCCAACGAUGAUCGGCCGCCUGCCGUGGCCUGCGCGAGCAACCCGCGGGGCCGACGCAGGUAACGACACCACCACCCAAACACGAAAUGCAAGCGUGUCCCGAGCAGUCGACGAGAUCCUCGAGGGUAUUCGAGACCAUCGCGAGCGCAUCCGGGACUCUCACGAGCGUCUGCGUGCCCAAGAGGACAGCGCAGCGGAUAGACGCCGGUAUGCACCAGCUUCUUCCUCUCUUUCUAUACCACGAUACGCCCGGGCGUCCGACGCUAUCCCGAUCGGGCCAGGCGGUAGUAGGGGCGAGUUCGUAGAGACCUCGAUCAACCGGCCACCACCACCACACUUUGCCUCGGCGAACACCCGAGCAACCCCGGGCGACUCGUUCAACGACCCCGCUUUGCGUGGCGGUGUCAGUGCGUAUACCUUUGUGCAGCCGCACACCCAGCCCGAGCCGUAUGAUACCGCGGGGUUAGCAUGGAGUGUAGACGGCAACACGUUGUUCGUUGGUGCUGAAAACGGUAUAUACGAGUUCCAUGUUGAUACCUUCGGCCGGAAGGUUUUUCCGGACGUUACUUUUAGCUGA